AUGAUAUGGAACACCGAGCAGGGAGAAUUACUGAGGUUAUCCAUAACUAUGGUCGAAAAAGAUACGUUUUCAGGAAUAUUUGGAAGGCAGGGAGAUGAAAUAUUUCCUGAAUUAAAGACUACUACCGAUGAAGAAUGGAUCAUACUAAAUGUGAAUCAAGUUUGCUUCUGCCGAGUUAAUUAUGAUAACACAAACUGGAACCGAAUACAUCAACAACUGCAAAAAGAUCACUUGGUUAUUCCUACGAGUAACAGAGCACAACUUAUAAAUGAUGUUUUUAUGCUGGUGGAAUCUAAACACAUUGGCAUUGGAGUUGCUCUGAGCACAGCUCUAUAUCUGGCUAAGGAACGGAAAACCAUGGUAUGGAUUAUAGCCAUUGAUCACUUGUACAUCCUUGAAACAAACUUGGUCAACACCAAUUUGUAUGGGCAUUUAAAGAAAUUUCUUAUCGACACAAUAUUUCCAUUUUAUAAUUACUUGCUGCCGUCAUUUGAAGAUUAUUUCAUUAAGGAAGAUUACAUUGCCCGGCAUGCGAUCUGCUACCAGAUUCGCUUUUUAAAAAAACUGCGAUGCCAAAGUAUUCCAGAAUACAUCAGGGAAACAGUUUACUGUACAGCAAUUAAAGUCGGCACUGAAAAACAUUGGAAUUUUGCCUGGGCCAUGUAUGACAAUACAUCUUUUGUGGAUGACACUUAUAGGUUACUUUAUGCCAUGACUUGUAGUAGAGAACCAUGGAUUCUUAAAAGAUAUUUAUCCUACGCUCUAAAUGGUGAAAAAAUGUCUUACAGUCAAUCUCUGACGGUUUUGCGUAGUAUGGCCAAAAAUCCUGUCGGUCAGGUUUUAGUAUGGAACUUUAUAAGAGCAAACUGGGAAAAGUUUAAAUUAAACUCUAAAGACUCCCCCUCUGAACUUGCAAAUCUACUGAAUGCUGUAAUAUUCACGUUUUCAUCUGAUUUUGAGCUCCAAGAGCUUAAGGUAUUCGUUAACGAUUUUGUUGAAAAACAUGAGGAACGUGAGAUCUUUGAAAAGCUCUUUAACAUUACACAAGAUAUGCUGAAUUGGAGGGAGAAACUUCAAGCUGAAGUCCAUGACUGGUUGAAAGAAAAUAUACCUAUCUUGGACUCUUGAGAAACACAGACAAAAUGUGCAUUUCAGAUUGUACCUUUAUUCUACUUUCAUAAUGAAAACCCUGCAAAGUUUAUAUGGUUUUAUAUACAUUUUUGUACAAAAAGUUGAUAAAUAAAUAAAGUACAACCAACAAAUAUCCACGGUUUAUAAUAGAACAUAAGAACAUAAGAAAU